UGGUUUUCCUGUGUGAAGGCGGCGGAAUCUUGUGAAAAACGCCCCGAAGAGCAGCUGCAGCAAACCGGGACUCGAGAGCUUUCGCCUCCUCAGGCUUUCAAUCCAAUUCUCGCUACAGAAGCUGAAGGGAUUUGUAAACCACACGGCGUCACCAUGGCAGAGGGCGAAGGAUCGGCGGCCAAAUCCCAACAAAUUACCAACAGUUCCUUCCGGAAGUCCUUGUACGCGCUGGAGCAGUGGCCCAGUGCGAUCGAAUCGCUCCGGAACCAAAACCAGUCGCCGGAAUUUGCGAACAUGAUCGGCAGUUUGAUUGACAGGACUCUCUCUGAACUUGAGGUUAUUUCCUCCCUCGUGGACAAGCAGUCUAAAAGGCAGGAGCACCAAGGCGACGACAAGGGUAAGGAGACAGCCUCGAAUCCUGGGCCGAGUGGUGAGAAAGGAGAGGAACCCGGACAAGAAAGCAGCACGCCUGUGGAGAGCCUGAAAAGGUCGAGUCCUGAGACCGUGCCACAGCAGGCGGAGGCUGCGAAACCGCCGGUCGUGAAGAAAGCUCGUAUGAAAUAUACCCCCUUGCGAAAGCCCAGUGUUUAAGUUGACUGCCGUGUUCCUGUAUCGAUUUCUUCUUUUUUAUUUUAUUUACGACCGGACAUGCAAUAGAUAUGGCUCAGUCAAUACAAGCCUGUUUUUGACGAGCGCUUUUAUUGUGUUUGACGGACCAGGUGGCAUUUCUUCACAAUGCGCACUUUUGCAUUAUCGUUUUAAGUCUACUCAUUUGGUCGAACUUACAGAUGUGUCGUGCGCAUAAAAAGUUUGAAAAGUGAAUGUUACCUUCGCACGACUCAUUCACAACAUUAUGCCAUCUCACGUGUCAUUUUCUUUCAUAUUGUAUUCUGCAUUUUAACACAUUCGGCAGGUUUCGUACGGCCGUUUGUACUGACACUGCACUCAAUAAACCACAUGUAUAAAUUUUUGACGUGAUCCACAGGCACCAAUAUUCUGAAUGUGCAACUGUCAUGCACUUGUGUUACUGCGCAACCCUUGAUCCCAUGCACAAGACAAGCAACAGCUUUUGUAUAUUCAAAAUAGUAUUUGUCCCACAUGAUUGUACACAAGCAUUGUUGUAUGAAUAUCUAAGUCAUAUCUGAUGAUUCUUACAAUCUCGCAUAAGAAGUUUGGCAUGAGUGAUUCAGAAACAUCGUCAGGCAUGUCUUGUGUGUGAUUUCUAAGGUGAGAUUGCUUCUCAUGUUCCUGUAAACAUGCGAGGCAUCUAUGUUGAUCUUUAUUGUUGGGAAUGUGUAAUUCCUCUAUGCUGUAUAUUUAAAAAUGUGCAAAACAUGGCAAGUUUAAUUCUGGAAUUUUGGUGACAUGUAUUUAGUGUUAUUCGUAAUGCUUGUAAUGAUCUUAUUUUGCUACCGCCAUUCCAUGCUCUGCAGGUGCUUCUUGUGUGGAUUUUAUUAAAUCAGUCAGAUUUUUUGUUCUCUGCUUGAUACAAAUGUCAUUUAAUGCAUGCAGACAUGGCCUGUUGGCUUACACUGAUCACAUAAUUUGGCCACCAUAAACAAGAUAAUUGUCAGUUGCAUUCUAGCUAUCAUCAGUAAUUGCAACAAUGAUAUGGUUCAGGCUGAGACAUGAAAUUUUCCUGCUAGAGGCUGUCUAACAACUGUUUCUGCAGUGACACCAUAUUAUGCUUCCAAGAACUCGCAUGUAAGAUGGCUUCAUUUAUUUGAGCCCAUUGGGGAUUUUAGUCCAUGCUGGUAAUACAACAAAACGUAUUGUAUAGCCAGAUGUUUAUUUGAAAGGGUUAGGGGGAUAGCCUUGUUUGGGCUAGAGAAAAGAAAGUAUGUGGUUUUCAAAUCACCUUAGCUAUUUGUCACAUCAUAUGAAGAUGAAAACAUAAUUUAUGGUCCCUACAUAGACAAGUACACACAUCAGCAGUGCAGUUCAGUUGCUUGCAAAAGCAUUUUAAUGCAUGAAUAUUAGAGAACAAGAGUACUGAAGCAUUACAGUAAUAUUUCAAACAUUUGAAUAGUAAAAUGUUCUUGUACUACAUAAAGAAAAUGCAGCAGUAACGGGUGGAUUGGGAUAGAUUUAGUUGAUCCUUCUGGUAUGACUAACUGCACUUAGAGAUUCAAAUCUCGGUGGGCAUUCUGAGCAUUAAAAAUGUAUCCCUUGUUAAACCUGU